AUGGAGGCUGUGGGAUCUGCCGCCAGCAUUAUUGCUGUUAUCGAACUUACCGGCAUUGUCGCAAAGCUAUGCGGCUGCUACAUCUUGGAUGUGAAGGAUGCUCGCCAUGACAUUGAAAGGCUGCAAAAGAAGGUAGAGACCUUAAGCGAUAUUGUGAAGCAACUCGCAAAAAUCAGCGAUCAGAAGACAGACGGAUCUGUCUCCUUACCUGCUCAUGUGACUGAGUCAAUCGGCCAAUGCCUGAAGGACCUUCAGAAGCUUGAGAACAGACUUCAGCCUAAGACCAGACACAAAGCGAUGAGCAAGGUCGGCUGGCGAGCGCUCAAAUGGCCAUUAUCGAAGACUGAUGUGAACGAGCAAGUACAAAGGCUGGAGGGCUAUGUUACAAUCUUCAACACCGCUUUGCAACUUGUUCAUAUCGCCAUCUCUCAGGGUUUGGACAGCAAACUUGAUCGAAAUCGAGAUGAACAGCUGUUGAUGACCAUCUCGCACGUUGGAGAGGCAGCAUUUAACUCGUACGAGAACCAGCGGCACCGGCAGUGUCUCCCAAAUACACGCGUCGAACUUCUCCGGGAGAUCAUGGACUGGACGACCAGCAGUUCCAGUCAAUAUAUCUUCUGGCUUAAGGGCCGCGCAGGCACUGGUAAGUCGACGAUCGCGCUGACGAUCGCUCAGUCGCUCGACCAGCAAGAGGCCAAAUUGGCAAGCUUCUUCUUUAAGCGUGGCAGUGGCGACUUGGCUCGUUCACGGAAGGUGGUUAGUACAAUUGCUUUUCAGUUGGCGUUCAAAUCAAGUCUUCUCGGUGGUUUCAUCUGUGAUGCGCUCCGGAAUGAUCCCAAUCUCGGCAAGUCCGCAUCAUUAUCUGAGCAAUACCACAAGCUGCUUCUUCAACCGCUACAAAGGGUCCCACAGAGUGUAGCCGGAUCUCCUCCAUUUGUGGUCGUGUUGGAUGCCCUGGACGAAUGUGACGACAUGGACGACAUACGGCUCCUUCUUCGACUCCUCGGCAAUACGCAAAGCUUGUCAGGCCUAGGCCUUCGUCUCCUGGUGACCAGUCGUCCCGAGGCACCGAUUCGCUUGGGGUUUCGUGAUAUGAAGCAUAUUGCGUAUCACGAACUCGCCCUUCAUGAUGUUCCCCGAGCCCUAGCGGAUCGAGACAUUAAUAUAUUUGUUGCCCACGAACUCGCCCAAAUUAAGGCCGACCGAGGGUUACCAGAUUCCUGGCCGGGGGAUGACCGGAUUCGAACGAUUACCACGUUGGCAGAUGGGUUGUUCAUCUAUGCCGCAACGGUCUGUCGAUUCGUCAAUGGCCCUCGACAAGUCAAUGCGUCUGUUCGACUGGAGCAGAUAUGUCAGCGGAGGGGAGUCAAGCAUAAGUCGACGGACGCACUCGACGAGAUGUACUUGAUGGUUCUCAAGACUUCGAUGAGCGAUGACUUCUCCGCCGAUGAAGAGACAGAAGUUGCCGCGCGCCUACGACAUGUCGUGGGGAGUGUAGUCCUACUAUUUGACAACCUCUCCGCUCCGGAACUGGAACGAUUGUUGUUUCCCUCAACUUUUUCGGGUGGAGAUGUCGUGCGGGAUACGCUAGAUUCUUUGCAUGCCAUUCUUGAUGUGCCGAAAGACCCCCAGAAGCCAGUCCAGAUGCAGCACCUGUCGUUCCGAGAUUUUCUAGUUGACCAUAGCCGAUGUGAUGAUAUUCGGUUUCACGUCAAUCAACAACAGGGGCACCGCAGUUUGCUCACUCAUUGUAUGAGCUUAAUGGCAGAGUCUCUUGCGCAAAAUAUAUGCCAUCUCCCCAGCCCGAGUACGCUAGUCUCAGCAGUGUCUGAGGCAGUGUUACACCAAUACCUUCCUCCAGGACUGAUAUAUGCUUGUCGUUAUUGGAUUGAUCAUAUCAAACAGGGUCAGGCAAGUUUAGAUGAUGAUGGCCCAGUCCAUGCCUUUCUACAACAAUGUGGUCCUUUUUGGUUGGAGGUCAUGAGCCUCAUCCGCAAGUUUCCUCAGGCGAUGGGUGCAAUGAGGCAGUUGGAGGAGUUCAUUUCUGUGAAGAAAUCUCCAAAGCUAUAUUCUUUAGUCAGCGAUAUGGUGCGAUUCAUGUAUAGCUUUAGUCACAUAUUAACACAAGCUCCCUUGCAGCUAUACAGUAGCGGGGUUUUCUUCAGCCCCACUGACAGCAGCUUUCGACGAAUGUUGGCCUCUCUGAUCAAUAUAGAUCUUGUGGUGGCAACCCAGCUUCGGCGUCAAUGGAGUGAAUGCAUUCAGACGCUGGAAGGCCAUUCAAGAGAAGUCAUAAGCGUGGUAUUCUCGCUCGAUGGGACUCGACUGGCAUCUGGCUCUGAUGACAGCACAGUGCGGGUGUGGGAUGUGCAGACAGGCGAGUGUCGCCACACGCUCGAAGGCCAUUCAGAUGGGGUCAGCAGCGUGAUAUUCUCGCCCGAUGGGGCUCGGCUGGCAUCUGGCUCUCGGGACAGCACAGUGCGGAGAGGCGAGCGUCAGCACACGCUCGAAGGCCAUUCAAGUUGGGUCAGCAGCGUGGUAUUCUCACCAGAUGGGGCUCGACUGGCAUCUGGCUCUCGGGACAGCACAGUGCGGGUGUGGGAUGUGCAGAGAGGCGAGUGCCAGCACACGCUCGAAGGCCAUUCAAGUUGGGUCAACAGCGUGGCAUUCUCGCCCGAUGGGACUCGACUGGCAUCUGGUUCAAAUGACAGCACAGUACGGGUGUGGGAUGUGCAGACAGGCGAGUGCCAGCACACGCUCGAAGGCCAUUCAAGUUGGGUCUACGGCGUGAUAUUCUCGCCCGAUGGGACUCGACUGGCAUCAGGCUCAUCUGACAGCACAGUACGGGUGUGGGAUGUGCAGAGAGGCGAGCGUCAGCACACGCUCGAAGGCCAUUCAAGUUGGGUCAGCAGCGUGGUAUUCUCACCAGAUGGGGCUCGACUGGCAUCUGGCUCUCGGGACAGCACAGUGCGGGUGUGGGAUGUGCAGAGAGGCGAGUGCCAGCACACGCUCGAAGGCCAUUCAGGUGUGGUCAGCAGCAUGGUAUUCUCACCCGAUGGGACUCGACUGGCAUCUGGUUCAUAUGACAGCACAGUACGUGUGUGGGAUGUGCAGAGAGGCGAGUGUCAGCACACGCUCGAAGGUCAUUCAAGUGUGGUCAGUAGCGUGGUAUUCUCACCCGAUGGGACUCGACUGGCAUCUGGUUCAAAUGACAGCACAGUACGGGUGUGGGAUGUGCAGACAGGCAAGUGUCAGCACACGCUCGAAGGCCAUUCAAGUUGGGUCAGCAGCGUGGUAUUCUCGCCCGAUGGGACUCGACUGGCAUCUGGUUCAAAUGACAGAACAGUGCGGGUGUGGGAUGUCGUCAGCGGGAUAGAGCUGCUACGCCAUGUCGCUGGAGCUUAUGAUAGCAAGAUCGAGUUCAACCAUGACAGCACCAAGAUUUCGGUGAAUGGUGAAGCGAUAUCUACCCCAUUACCCGGCCCAUCAUGUGUUAAAUUAGCAGGACUAUCGGGGCGCAGUCCCAAAUUGCCCACGACAAUGCUUGGUAUUGACGGCGACUGGGUGACUUGGUCCUCUGAGAAGAUAUUAUGGUUUCCUCCUGAAUAUCGCCCGCGAUCGAGAACAAGUCGUGGGAAUUUCCUCGUUAUCGGUAGCGGUAGCGGUCGAGUUACGUUUCUUUCUCGUGGUUCGUCAAGUUCUCCGUUACAUUGA